CAGCCAGCCGAUAGGAGUAGGGUCCAUGUCAAGCUGGGUGUCGACAACACAGGGAACCAGAACUGCGUACAGGAGAUAGAAGGCAGCAACACCCAGCUGCUUGAGGGGUCUCCGCCGCCACCGCGCGGAGACGAAGCGGAGCCGUUUGGUUACGAAUUUAGCUUGCCCGACCAGGAUGGCCUGGCCAGACCAGCGCCAGAAGGCAAGGAGAUUCGAUCGGAGACGCAGGACUCGGUGGUGCAAAUCGAUACAGCCGCCGCGGACGACGGGGGUCCGAACCCGACCAUAACCCUGCUCAAGGGCGCGCAGUUACCACAUGGAAAACGCGAGAAGUGGGACAGCAAGUUAGACUUCUUACUGUCCGUCAUCGGCUUCGCUGUGGAUCUGGGCAACAUUUGGCGAUUCCCGUACAUAUGCUAUCAAAAUGGCGGAGGUAGGGUGAAAAAGCAUGCACAUUCAAACAUCAACGCCAUCCAUUUCUUUGCAGGUAUCGGAUUUGGGAUAUGCAUCAUUGCUAGCUUCACAGCCUGGUACUACAACACCAUCAUCGCCUGGGCAUUCUUCUACAUGUUCGAUUCCAUGCGAACGCGGUUGCCGUGGGACAGCUGCGACAACUGGUGGAACACCGAGCACUGCAUCACCGUCUACGAACAGCUGGUGGACGACACAAAUGGGACGAAUGGGUUGAAUCUGCGGAACAAGACCUUUUAUCCCAAUAUGACCUACUUCUCGUCAACAGAGGAAUACUUUUAUACGGAAAAUGUGCAUUCCAAGACAUUAAAGUCAGGUCAUAAUUUCAUUAUGUGUAUUUUGGUGUCCAACAGCAACCGCGUGCUUCAAAUUCAAUACGCGGAUGGCUACAACAAAAUGGGCACCGUCCGAUGGGAAGUGGCGCUCUGUCUAGCAGCAGUCUUCACCAUCGUCUACUUUGCUCUCUGGAAGGGAGUCAAAAGCAGUGGAAAGGUACGUCGGAUCUAA